GUUACGAUAAGCGUCAGUCUGCCGCGCGCCUUCGCGUGGUAAUGAAUCGUUCGUAAGUUGUGUAAUCAUUUUCUUUCACUGGACAUUAAAGUACUUGAUAUAAUGAGCAAUAUGAAAUACAUUGGGGCCCUUGACGUGGGAACUACUACCGUGCGUUUUCACAUAAUCGACCAACAAGGGUAUACCGUUGCCUAUUCCGCUGAAAAGCUCCAGCUUUUGUACCCACAACCAGGCUACGUAGAAAUAGAUCCAGACUAUCUAUGGGAACUAAUCAUAAAGAUGAUGAAGAACACCUUCAGAGAAAGCCAAUUGAGUCCAGACAUGAUCACUGGCCUCGGUAUUUCCACGCAACGAUGCAGUUUCACGACGUGGAACCCGUAUGAUGGAACAUAUUAUCACAACUUCAUCACGUGGAAAGAUCUACGAGCUAACAGCAUGGUGAAGGAAUGGAAUUCGUCAAUGACAACAAAAGGAUUACGCGUGGGAUCGCGGAUUAUGUACACGUUCCUCAGGGAGAGCCGAUAUUUGUUGAUGAGUGCUUUUAAAUUCAUGAACACGCAGAUAACACUAAGGUUAUUGUGGGCUCUGCAAAACGUGCCAGGUUUGCUGGACGAGGCGAAGAAAGGAAAUGCCUUAUUCGGAUGCAUUGAUAGUUGGCUUUUGUAUAAAUUUACUGGAAGGCACGUGACAGACGUUUCAAACGCGGCAGCGACUGGAAUGUUCGACCCGUUUCUUAUGAAUUGGUCCACUAUAAUGAUGAACAUGCUGAAAAUUCCGCGCGCCAUAUUCCCGGAAGUAGUGGACACCAGCGGUGAUUUCGGUGUCACGCACAAAGAAAUAUUCGGCGUUGAGAUUCCCAUAUAUUGCUCAAUGGCUGAUCAAUCGGCCUCGCUGUUUGGCUCAGGGUGCCUGAAAAAGGGAGAUCUGAAGAUUACUCUGGGAACUGGCACCUUUGUAAAUGUGAAUUCAGGGACUAAAGUGCACGCUUCGGUUUCGGGAUUGUACCCUCUCAUUGCGUGGCGAAUCGGUAGAGAAUUAGUAUACAUGAUAGAAGGUGCAUGGAACGACACUGGAAGUCUUGUCGAAUGGGCCAAAAAAAUAGGCUUACUCGACGGAAUUCCCGAGAUAGAGAACCUGGCACAGUUAGUGAACGACUCUAACGGAGUGUUUUUUGUUCCUGCAUUUAGCGGAUUACACACUCCGGUAAACGAUUACACAGCAGCAGCAGGUUUUAUAGGCGUGAAACCUACCACAGAAAGAGCUCACAUUCUUCGAUCGAUAUUAGAAAGUAUCGUUUUUGGGAUAAUCCUGGUUUUCGAAGUGUUAGAGAACGAAACUAAUCAGAUUUACGAUAAAAUACGGGUCGACGGCGGAGUGUCAGCAAACAACUUUGUGUUACAAUUGUUAGCCGAUCUUUCAGGUCUCAAGGUUGAACGAGCGACAACUACGGAUAUAUCUAUUUUGGGAGUGGCAUUUCUUGCUGGUUUACAAUGCGGUGUAUGGAAGAGCAAGGAGGAUAUAUACAAACUUCGAAAAAUACAGAAGAUAUUUAAGCCAAACGUAGAGAACAUGUUGCGAUAUCGACUGAUGAUGAUUCAAUGGAAACAGGCACUUCAAAGAUUCGGUCGAUGGUACACUGAUUAUUCAUAAAUUGCCAGUAUCUGCCAUUUAAAAAAAAGAGAGAGAAAGACAGA